AUGGAGUCCAAAGAACAGAAGGCUGAAGUCGAAUGCGCUGAUAUGAAAGCUCCGUCUCUCAGAAUGGAAGGCGAGCUCCGCAUCGACAUUGAGACCAGCAAGAAGCUUCUUAGACGUAUCGAUAAACGCGUUAUGCCUGUGCUCUGCUUCACAUAUGCUCUACAGUACUACGACAAAGCCCUUCUUAGUCAAGCUGCUAUUUUCGGAAUGCGAAAAGACCUCGAUAUGAUGAACGGCCUCAGAUAUUCUUGGGCGUCUCUUAUUUUCUACUUUGGCUAUAUUGCUGGAACCUACCCUAUUUCUCUCCUCGCCCAGCGUUUCCCAACCCGUUGGGUCAUUACAGCCAUUUGUCUUCUUUGGGGCAUUGUUGUUCUGUCUACCCCAGCGUGUAAAACCUUUGAGCACUUCCUCGUUAAUCGCUUCUUUCUUGGACUUAUUGAAGCUGGAGUCUCUCCGAUAUUCAUGCUAAUCGUGGGCUUAUGGUACACACACGCCGAGCAAGUCUCCCGUUCAAGCUGGUGGUAUUCUUUUAGCGGCGGCUCACUUCUGGUAUCGCCUCUUAUAAAUUACGGUCUUGGGCAUAUCAACGGAGGCAUGCUUCAACCCUGGCAGUAUAUGUACUUCAUCGCCGGCGGUGCGACACUUCUAUGGGGCGUGGCUCUCUGGUGGCUGUUCCCGGACACACCUGAAUUAGCUAAAGGAUUUACUAACGAGGAGCGAGAGAUGAUCCUUGAGCGUGUUCGCUUAAACAACGCAGGCGCAGAGAACAAAACCUUUAAGGGCUACCAAGUCCUUGAAGCCUUCACAGAUAUCCAAUUAUGGGGAAUUUGUAUUCUAUCCAUGGUUUCGUGCACUGGUGCAGGUGCUGUGUCGACAUUUGCCCCCAUCGUUUUUAAUGGCAUGGGAUUCACUGUGUUUCAGUCCCUCCUCCUCAACCUUCCUAUUGGAGCCCUUGCUUUCAUCUGCAUUCUAGGAUCGGGUUAUUUAGGCCAGCGAGUUCCGAAUGCCCGUUUUCACAUCAUCACGGUCGCUUGUCUCCCUGUCAUCCUAGGCUGUUGUCUAAUGUGGCAACUUCCCUCUUCAAUGAGAGCGGCUCGUAUUAUUGGCUUCUAUCUUUUAAACUUUUUUUCAUCAGCUUGGACACAGUGUAUUGGCCUCGGCACCUCCAACGUGGCAGGACACACCAAGAAAGCAGUAUACGCUGCAGCCACCUUCAUUGCUUACUCAAUCGGCAAUAUAAUCGGUCCCCUCAUGUUCGACGCUUCGUAUGCUCCUCGUUAUGACCCUAGUUUUAUUGGCAUUUUGGUGUGUUUUGUUGUUUGUUUUGCGAGCUCGGAACUGCUUCGCUUCAUUCUGGCUAGGGAAAAUAACAAGCGUGAAAGGGAAAAUGGUCCUGCGGAAUAUUCCCAGGGCCUAGAUGAUCUUACGGACAAGGAGAAUAAGUCGUUCCGUUACCACCUUUGA